CGGCGACAAAAUGUAGCUACCAAGGAAGAGGUGCAGAGGAGUUCAAGUUAUUAGCUGAGGAAAUAGAAGACGGACAGCGUGGUGCGGUUACGCCCGGGAAGGGGGCGACAGAAUUUGACGUUAAAUCGGUGGAACGCUCAGGCGUUUGGUGAGGACACCUCGUUGGGUCCUUUCUCACUGCCGUCGGGUGCGGGACGGUGCCCCUAAUUGCUGAAGACUGAGGCUACCCGGUGAAGCUCUCCAGGUUGCUCUGUCCACCGAUUUAUGAUUUUCUGCCGUAUCUUUAAAAAAAUGGCAACUAAUGGUGCUGUUCUGAAGAGACUGGAACAGAAGGGUGCAGAAGCAGAUCAAAUUAUUGAAUAUUUAAAGCAGCAAGUUGCUCUUCUUAAAGAGAAAGCAAUUUUGCAGGCAACUUUGAGAGAAGAGAAGAAACUUCGAGUUGAAAAUGCUAAAUUAAAGAAAGAAAUUGAAGAAUUGAAACAAGAGCUAAUUCAGGCAGAAAUUCAAAACGGAGUGAAACAAAUACCAUUCCCAUCUGGUACUCCACUGCAAGCUAAUUCCACAGUUUCCGAAAAAGUGAUACAGUCUAUACCAAUAACAACUGUAUCUUCUGGUGCCAAAGAACAGAUAACAGGAGGAAGAGCAGAAGAAAAGAUGAAAGAGAAAAUUGAAAUGAAAGAGAAAAAGGAGAAAAAACAAUCAAUAGCAGGAAGUGCUGACUCUAAGCCAAUAGAUGUUUCUCGUCUGGAUCUUCGAGUUGGUUGUAUCAUUACUGCCAGAAAACAUCCUGAUGCAGAUUCUUUAUAUGUAGAAGAAAUAGAUGUUGGAGAAACAGCCCCAAGAACAGUUGUCAGUGGCCUGGUGAAUCAUGUUCCUCUUGAACAGAUGCAAAAUCGGAUGGUGAUUUUACUUUGUAACCUGAAACCUGCAAAGAUGAGGGGAGUAAUAUCUCAGGCAAUGGUAAUGUGUGCUAGUUCACCUGAGAAGGUUGAAAUCUUGGCACCUCCUACUGGGUCUGUUCCUGGAGACAGAAUUGUUUUUGAUGCUUUUCCUGGAGAGCCUGACAAGGAGCUAAAUCCUAAGAAGAAGAUUUGGGAGCAGAUCCAGCCAGAUCUUUGCACUAAUGAUGAGUGUGUGGCUACAUACAAAGGAGUUCCCUUUGAGGUGAAAGGGAAGGGAGUGUGUAGGGCUCAAACUAUGACCAACAGUGGAAUAAAAUAAAAUAAAAUAAAAUAAAAUAAAAUA